AUGAGCACCACCAUGACGGAAACGACAACUCGGAUCUCCUUCUCUGACGACAAGAUGGACCACAACGACAUCGAGUCCGGGUACGUGUCGGGCCAGUCCGACUACGCCCCCUCGCCGAAACAGGAGUCGAAGCCCAAGGUGUCCCUGACCAAGGAGCACAUCGCCUACCUCAACGACCAGAUGGAGAAUAUGCACCCCAUGGACAUUCUCCGCUUCUGCAAAAUCAUGUUCCCCAACCUCUACCAGUCGACGGCAUUCGGCCUGACCGGCCUGGCCACCAUGGACAUGCUGUCCAAGAUCCAGCAGGAGAACCCCAACUCCAAGACCGUCGACCUCAUCUUCCUGGAUACCUUGUACCACUUCAAGGAGACGUACGAGCUCGUCGACCGGGUCAAGGCGCGGUAUCCCAACGUGCCCGUUCACAUCUUCAAGCCCGACGGCGUCGACACCGUGGAGGAACUCGAGGAGACGUACGGCCAGGAGAUGUGGAACACGGCCAGCGACAUGUAUGACUGGAUCGUCAAGGUCGAGCCCCUGCAACGGGCAUACGACGAACUCAAGGUGACUGCCGUCCUCAACGGCCGCCGCCGCUCGCAGGGUGCCGCCCGUGGAUCCAUCCCCAUCAUCGAACUCGAUGAGGAGCGGGGCAUCAUCAAGAUCAACCCCAUGGCCGCCUGGUCCUUCAAGCAAGUCAACGACUACAUCAGGGAGAACAAUGUGCCGUACAACGCCCUCCUGGACCAAGGGUACAAGUCCGUCGGCGACUGGCACUCGACCAGCCCCGUCGCCGAGGGCGAGGACGAGCGUGCCGGCCGCUGGAAGGGCCAGGCCAAGACGGAGUGCGGCAUCCACAACAAGAAGUCGCGAUAUGCCCAAUUCGUCGAGGAGAUGGAGAAGAAGAAGACCGCCGGCAUGGUGGCGCCCGUCUAA